CUCACUCAGCGCUCAUGCCCGCUGCUGCUGCUUCUGACUCUGGGAGGAUGGACGGUGUGUCGCUGCCGGGCAGUCUGGUGGCCGCGCCGGCCUCGCCGCGUCCAAACUGCAACACGGAUUCAGAGGAGGACACGAUGAAUGGAGGGCUGCACACCUUCAACCAGACGCACAUGAGGAAGGCUUUCCAGCUCAUGAACGAGCUGAGGAGUAAAAAGAUGCUGUGUGACGUCCAGCUGGUGGCAGGGAGUGUUGAAGUGCCAGCUCACAGGGUGGUCCUGGCGUCUUGUAGCCCCUACUUCUGUGCCAUGUUUACAGGUGACAUGAGUGAGAGCAAAGCCCAUCAGGUGGAGAUCAGAGAGGUGGACGGACAGACCCUGAGGAAGCUGGUGGACUACAUCUACACGGCUGAAAUAGAAGUCACAGAGGACAACGUCCAGGUUCUGCUGCCGGCAGCCAGCCUCCUGCAGCUGAUGGACGUGCGUCAGGUGUGUUGUGAGUUCCUGCAGUCUCAGCUCCACCCCACCAACUGUCUGGGCAUCAGAGCCUUCGCUGACCUGCACACAUGCACGCAGCUCCUCGACCAGGCCCACGCAUACGCCGAGCAGCACUUCUCUGAGGUGGUGCAGGGAGAGGAGUUCCUGGGCCUCUCUCUGCAGCAGGUGUGCAGCCUCAUCUCCUGCGACAAACUCACCGUGUCCACUGAGGAGAAGGUAUUUGAGGCGAUGAUAUCUUGGAUAAAGUCCGAUAAGCCAGCUCGUCUGGAGUACAUGCCCAAACUGAUGGAGCACGUCAGACUUCCACUGCUGUCCAGGGAUUACCUGGUGCAGAUUGUCGAGGAGGAGGCUUUGAUAAAGAACAACAACACCUGUAAAGAUUUCCUCAUAGAAGCCAUGAAGUAUCACCUGCUGCCAGCCGACCAGCGACACCUCAUCAAGACAGACCGGACCCGACCCCGGACCCCCAUCAGCAUCCCAAAAGUGAUGAUCGUGGUGGGCGGUCAGGCUCCGAAGGCGAUCCGCAGCGUGGAGUGUUACGACUUCCAGGACGACCGGUGGUACCAGGUGGCCGACCUGCCGUCACGACGCUGCCGCUCAGGUGUGGUGUCCAUGGGGGGCCGAGUGUUUGCAGUGGGGGGGUUCAACAGCUCUCUGCGGGAGCGCACGGUGGACGCGUACGACGCAGCGAGGGACCAGUGGAGCGCCGUGGCCAGCAUGCAAGAGAGACGCAGCACGCUGGGGGCCGCCGUGCUGGGAGACCUGCUGUACGCUGUGGGGGGGUUCAACGGCAGCAUAGGUUUGUCGACAGUAGAAGUCCUCAACUAUAAAACCAACGAGUGGAUGUACGUCGCCUCCAUGAACACCAGACGCAGCAGUGUGGGUGUAGGAGUGGUCGACGGUAAGUUGUAUGCAGUGGGAGGUUAUGAUGGAGCGUCCCGUCAGUGUCUCAGCACGGUGGAGGAGUACGACCCCGUCGCUGAUCAGUGGUGCUACGUGGCUGACAUGAGCACACGGCGCAGUGGAGCAGGGGUGGGGGUGCUGAGCGGUCAGCUGUAUGCAGCCGGGGGGCACGACGGCCCCCUGGUGAGGAAGAGCGUGGAGGUGUACGACCCCACGACCAACAGCUGGAGACUCGUCUGCGACAUGAACAUGUGCCGACGAAACGCAGGUACAGGUGUGUGUGCCAUUAACGGGCUGCUGUACGUGAUUGGGGGAGACGACGGCUCCUGUAACCUCUCCUCCGUCGAGUAUUACAACCCGGCCAUAGACAAGUGGAGCCUCAUCCCCACAAACAUGAGCAACGGACGCAGCUACGCAGGAGUCGCAGUGGUUGACAAGCCUUUAUGACAGGGCUCCUCCCACAGAGACCCCCCACUGAAGCUCAGCAGGAAGAAAUGGACAGGACGCCGCUAGUUGCCUGAAUCAUGGAUGCAUCUUGAGGAGUUUUUCUGGCGCCUUACCACAUCCUGACUUUGUUGCUAUGUCCGUUUCCAUCCUGACUUUUAAAGAACACAGCUGCACUGGAUAACAGACAGUUUCCACAGGAGGGCGGGCUCAAACAAACGUUGCCUUGGCGAGUUUUUAAAAAUGCCGAGCACAUACCAAGCGGCUGCAUCAGCUCUGACUUUAACGGCCAAACUGAGUGCUUUAGAUGUUUAGUGUUGUUCAUGUGAUGCAUCAGAUCCAGCACUUGAACACCAGCUGACUUCAGACCACCUUCAGUGUUAACAGUGUUGCUGCGAUCAUCAGGAGACGAAGCGUUAUCCAAAAUCCUGGAAGCCUGGACUCGCCGCUGGAGACUUUUUUUAAAUUAUGAGACGGCCACAUUUGAAGAAUUAACCUAAAGAGCUACAGAACAAUGUAAAGAAUGUAGAAAACAUCUUAUAUGCAAAUCAGCGUUCAUAUUUAAUAUGUUUGAGAUUGUUUUUAAGGAGGUUGAGAACCACUCGCUGAGGCCAGGUGAUCUGAUUGGACGGGAGGACUUUGUCUGUCGUCGACGCACUACUGAUGCACUGAUCAAUGCACUGACUGACCUGCUGUCCUCCAAACUCAUGGGGGGAUUUAAACUCACCGCUUAAAGGCCAAUUAUUUCAUCAGAUAUUGUAAAAAAAAAAAAAAAAAAAAGUGCCAGUUUUGCUGAUCCGAAUCCUGCUGGAGGUUUCUUGCCUAAAGGAGAGUGUCAAAAUGCACUGAAGAAACAACUGUAUAAUUCUAAUGUAAAAGAUGCAGGUUUAAGAUUUUCUAUUUAUUGUUUCAGGACAUUUGAUCACAUAGCAUUUAUUGCUUCAAAGGGAGGGUCUCAUUUCCUCCGCCUCAUGUUAAACUUGUGCUCCGCUCACACUCAUGCAGAUGAUGGUGGGUGCAUUUCGAUGACUGACUGGUGCCAUAGCUUUUGAAGAAAAAUACAUUUAGAGAAGCUGCUUUUAUGAGAGUUUUCAUUUCUGCCUGCAAUCUUCCAUAAAUCAUGGGGCGAUCGGCCUUCAUCUCAACGCCCUCUGACAAAAAAUGUACAAAAUACUGCACCGACCAUGCUGUUGUUUUUGUAUGAUUAGCUAAAUAAUGUCAACUACAUAACUCCCACCUCUUAUAUUAAGUUGAAUGUAUUUUUGUCAUGGUUGCAGGAAGUUUACUACAGAUAAUUACAAGUAUAAAACUACUAGAAACACUCUUCACAUAUGGACCUAUGGAGCUCACUGUUAUAAUCAGUUCAACAGCAACAUUUUUGACAUACUUUGUGUUAUAAUCAGUGCAACAGCAACAUUUUGACAUACUUUGUGAUGUUUAACUAAGGAAAUUCCUAAACACCGCCACGAUACAUUUCUGACAUCUAGGACUGUGCAGUAAUGCAGAGGAAAGCUUGGAUUGUGUGGUGCGUUCAAGUGUCUGCAGAGGAGUCAGAGAUCACAGUUAAAAAGACUGAACAACAGGAAAUAUUGAAGUUAUAUUAGCCCCUUCUUUUUCAAUUCAAUUUAAACAUCUUGUGCCAUGUUUGAAAGAACCCUGACAUUCGUGUAUUCAUUUAUUAAUGUUUCCUACAUAAGAGACUCAUUAGUUACACAUAUUACAUUGAUAUUUCCAACACAUACUGUAUGAAUGAUCGUCAUUAAAGUUGUUUUUUUAUCGUAC